UCCUCAGAAAUGGGAGAAAUUUCAUCUCCAUCGUAGCCCCGCCCUUAUCAUGGCCCCUCCCACCAGAGGAGAUCUGAGACACGGGGAGGUGCGCACUCCAUCAAAGCAAAAUAAAUAAAUCCGCUCACUCCCGUCCGGGAACAUAAACGCAUAUCUUUCUGCUGGAUGCGGGAGGCCUGGCCUGGGUCUGCAGGGGGGCGAACAGUGCAGGCCUUUGUGGGCAGUGGGAGGGGUGAGGGUUUAUGAAUGGCCGAGGCUGGAGACAGGACAAUACUGGUACACUGAGGGACUGAUAUCCAUAUGGGGGGGGUCGCUCCCUAACGGGGCUUGGUACAAAGGGAGGCCAGAGAGCAGCAUCCUCGCAAGCCUACAGCUCGGCGGAGUGUGUGCGCGAGCGUGUGUGCGGGACGGACCGUUACACUGCUACACAGCCCAGAGAGGAAGGCCUCAGUACCUAUGCACUCGAGAGGGCAGCCAGGCUGAUUGCUUCUGAGAGGGCACCCCCUGGUGUUUAAAAGAGGAACUGCAACACAGAGGACACUAACUGGGGGAAGACAAGCGCUGACGCCACUGCCAAUUACUCCUACAGCUAUAGGUGAUACACAGAAGACAUGUGGGGCAUUGAGCUGCUGUUGCCCUUUCUGAUGGUUAUUAAAGAUGUCAGCUCUCAGUGGAAUGUGUGGAUGCCGCGGGACAUCUCUGCCAUGACCAACUCCUGCGUGGUGAUCCCCUGCACCUUCAUGUACCCGUCGGGGAUCCGCCCGUAUCGCGGUGUCCACGGGAUCUGGUACUUCGGCCAGCCGUACCCCCAGUUCUUCCCCCCGGUGGUGUAUAAGUCCCGCACGGACAUCGUGCACGAGAGCUACAAGGGGCGCACGAAGCUGCUGGGAGACCUGUCCCAGCGGAACUGCACCCUGCGCAUUGGCAACAUCGGUACCGAGCACUCCGGGAGGUACUACUUCCGCGCGGACCUAGGGGGCGCCAACAUCUUCACCUACCCAGACUUCACUGAGCUCAAAGUGCUGGACCAGCCCAACAUCGACGUUCCUGAGGAGAUUGUGAGCAAUGAGAAUCUGGAUCUGACCUGUUACGCUCCGGAUAACUGCCCGGACAUGAGUCCGGAGAUCACCUGGAUGUAUGCAGAGUACCUGCCGGACCCGCAGUUCAGCUCGGAGUACGUGGAGGAGAGCAACACGGCGGUCAUGUCCAGCACCCUGAGCUUCACGCCCCGGCCCCUGGACAACGGCAUGCUGUUGGGCUGCCGGGUGCACUACCCCAACACUUCCUUUGCCUAUGAGAGGAUGAUCACCCUGGACGUCAAGUACCCCCCGCGCUCGGUGUGGGUGAACGUGUCUCAGGAGGUGAUGGAGGGCAGCUCAGUCACGCUGUUCUGCGAGGUCGACAGCAACCCCCUGCCUCGCAUCUCCUGGCUGUUUGGAGACGAGGAGCUGGUGUCAGACACCUCCUCCAAUGCCUCCCUCAUCCUGGAGGGGCUGGUAGCACAGCAGGAGGGGGUGUACACCUGCGUGGGAGACAAUGGAUACGGAGUCAUGAACAGCUCCAUGUACCUCGCCGUCAAAUACCCGCCCCGGGACCCGUGGGUAAACGGUUCUCUGACAGUUCUGGAAGGUUCCUCGGUGUCGCUGCACUGCAGCACGCAGGGGAACCCCCCUCCCACGCUCACCUGGUUGAAGGACGGGGUGCUGGUGGGCACCAUCACGGCGGAGGAGGUGUCUGUGCUGGAGCUGGAGGAUCUGACGCCCCAGAGCGACGGGCUGUACCGCUGCCUGGCGGAGAACGAGCACGGCCGAGCCAGCAGCUCGCUCAACCUCACCGUGGAGUUCGCCCCUGUGCUCCUGGAGGAGUCGAAGUGCACGGUGGUGAGGGAGGGGGUCCAGUGCGUGUGCGUGGCAUCGGGAAACCCCGAACCCACCAUCGAGUUCCACCUCCCUGACCUGAACAUCACCGUCAAUGACACUGAGAGCCGCUUCAACUACUACACGCACACGGACGGGUACACCGCCACUGGCAUGAUCAAGCUGCGGGAUAAAGCUGAGGCAGCGGCCAACGGCGCCGCCGUCAACGUGCACUGCAGCAUCAGCAACGUGUACGGCUCCGAGACCGUGCGCCUGGAGCUGCAGCAGGAGAAGAAGUACAUGAUGGCCGUGAUCGUGGGAACCAUCGGAGGAGUGGCUGUCAUUGCGUUCAUCAUCGCAGCCGUGAGAUACGUGGGCCGCAGCAACAAGAAGGAGAAUGGCAACCCUGGGCAGGACCUGGUGUCUAAGCUGGAGAAUCCCUCUCUGUUCUACAGUGCAGUCAAGAAGGACAAACAGAAUCUCAGGAAGAAAGUGCUAAAGACCGAGCUGUUGGGAUCAAAGUUUAACUCCAUCUUAGAGGAGACCUCCACGGGGGAAGACGGAGAGUACCAGCCAGUGAGCUCCAUGGCGGAGCUGGAGCGGCAGGAGCUCAACUACGCCGCCCUGGAGUUCAUGGGGGUGCGUGCGCGGGACGGGGCAGGGGCACAGGGGGACGAUGGCAGCGAUUACACCGAGAUCAAGGCCAAAUGAAUUCCACUGCUUCCCUGAUGCUCCAGCCUCCUGCCGCACAGAAGCCCCGCACACUCUCGCCAUUCUCCUUCCAAUCAGGCCACGCCCACACGCAUCCGGCCAUCUUCCCUCAUAUCCUCACAUCCCACCACUCUCCCCACCCACCACCACACCCCCAAUCACAUGACCACCUCCCUAACAUCUGGCCCCACCCACCACAUCUGGCCACGUCCAAUUGUCUCUUUGAUUCGAUGUCUCACUCUGGGGUCCGCCUCCUCCUCUCCCUGCAGCAGCGGUUGCUUUGGCCUCAGCCCUCCUGCAGGGCUGCUGUGCCAGGCUGUGCCAGGCUGUGCCAGGCUGUGCCAGGUUGUGCCAGGCUGUGCCAGGUUGUGCCAGGUUGUGCCAGGCUGUGCCAGGCUGUGCCAGAGCUCCGGCUGCUGGCGCCCCUGCCUGCGCUGACCCCCUCCCACCCCGCUGGUGGUGCCCUCGGUGACGCUGCCGCUGCCCUUGCUUAUGUGCUGGCAAAUGGGGUCUGUCCCUCCCCCUGUGUCAGUGCUGGAGCGUCAGGGAACAGGGCGUGUUAACCUGCUGCUCCUCCUCCUGCAUCCAGUCCUGCUCCAAGAGAAACGCCCCCCGCCCCCACCCCCACCCCGCCUCUGACUCCAGCUGCUUCCCCCACACGUGCUCCCGCGUCAGCGGGAAUGACGCCUCAUCGGCCGCUCUCAAACGCUGCCCGUGGCGUUCUGACCCGGGGCAGUCCCGGCUGGCGCUUAGCAACAGGCCCUGCAGAUACAGGAAGUGAUCUGACCGAGAUGCCUGCUUUGGAAAUGUCUGUGGGUUGGAGCUGGUGUAGGAGCAUUAAGGUUCAGGACUGCGGAGUGCUGAUUGGCUGUGGUGAGCCUCUGUUCCCCUUAAUAUAGCUCCUCCGUCAGAAUUUCAGUGUGACACAAAUGUGUUCAGUACAGACAGAACACACUGAAACAUCCAUGUGCAUUUAAAAACAGCCGACUCACACACAACAGGCUGCACACACACCCCAAAUCCAGCGUGUAGCCAAAAGUGUGGAGCGUAUGGGUAUCACUUUACCUGACAGUGCUUCUUAUAAAUGUGCUUUGAAAUGGUUAUUAAACAUGUAAUACAUGCUUAUUAAUGCUGCUAUACUGUAUUCUCCACUUGUGGACAUUGUGUAAUAAGAUUGCAUCUGAUGCUUUAAUGAUCCAGAUUGAUGUAGAUUAUACAAAUGAUUUUCAGAGAGAAUAUUUCAGCCAUAAUUAUGUACAUAGAAACAUAUAUUCCUAGACAAAUUCUCCUAACAUAGUGUCCAGCUAUUUAUUUGAUUAACAGUGUAAAACUGUAUCUAUGAUAAAGGGGUCAUAAAGCAUUAAUAAGCAGCACAUAAUUUGGGUAAAGAGAUACCGGUACAUGUAAAUACCCUGCACAAUGCUAUUAGUGUCAUCACUAUGUCCAUUCAAAUUCCCCUAAAAUCACUGCGUGAAACUCACACUUUGUUUGAUGUAUCGGUAUUCACACUUCAGGAAUGCCAAUACAUCAAACAUAGAUAUAUGAGUAUACAGUACAUAUGGUUUGUAACAUUUUAUCCUCUUAUUUAAAAAUAUAUAGAAUGUCUCUCUGUGUUUUUUUUUAUUUAGAGACUUGAAAACAAAACAUGGAGAAGCAUUUUUCAUCUCUUCUAAUUUUUUCCUCGGUGUGCUGUAAAGCUGUAUGUACAUGACAGUGUGGUGAUUAUAAUUAUUAUACACACAGUGUUUUGCUCUUCAUUGACCAAAUAAUAUGACCAGAAUUCUACAACCUGUUUGCAAAUUAGCACUCUUUUACCUAAAGGCUGUAUGAUCUAUGUGUUUUGCUUACUAUAUUUGAUUUUACAUUCUUUCCUGAAAAAAAAAAUCUUUAUUCUAUUCAAAGAUUUGAAGCAAAACAAAUAAAGAACACAAUAGGACAAUUGCUGUCUAAGCUUUUACUUUAACGCUAUGGAUCGGUCAGUCAGAGAUGCAGCGGCACUGAAAUGUUAGUGCUUUGUGUUUUCUCUGUGUGUAUGAUUCCCCUAAUGUAUUAAUCUGAAAGUAUCCAUGUAUUGGGAAAUAACACUUUUUUUCCAAAUCCACUGUCCCCUGUUCUUAUUCCUCUCCAGACUUGCACACACAGGUACAUGCACGCCUGUGUGUUUACUUGAAAUCAGUGCAGUGAAGCAGCCAUUAUAACUGAGUUUCUCUUGAUCAUGUGACCUGCAGCUCUUUCAACUCGUAUAUCAAACAUGACCCUCCAGGCCCCCGUAGGUGUGCCAGGUUCAGCUGUCCUGGUGUGAUAAGCAAACAAACGUGACCAACUGUACAGUAAGUGAUUAAUUACAAGGAGCUCAUUGGUGCAGAACAAUAUAUGGGCAGAGGUUCAGGAUCAUCAAUUCACAAAGAACAUCAGUGUUUCUUUGUGUGAGAGAGUGCAACAAUGUCCGCCUGGUACGUGGUAUACCAGCAAAUUCAUUAAAGCAUCGUACAUCAUUAAAUCAUAACAGCACAGCAGCGUCCAAAAGAAAACCUCUGAAAAAUGGGUGAUUGAGAAGGAAGUACUUCCUGUAUGCUGUAGGUUUCACUCGACGGGAGCAAUCUAACCCUGCCAGCAGUAUCUGCAUGCACCAGUGUUUCUCAGUUCCCUGCCGCGGGUUUGACGGCUGCCUUUCUGAUACAGGUCUGGCCU